AUGUUAAGGACGUUUUUGUUCCGGUAUUCAUCGUCACUGUCUACAAAAGAAUAUUUGGAACCUCGUUUGCUCAACAGGCACACUAGAUUCUUACCUGUGCUCCAGUUUUACUUUUCUUUAAAUUCUGUCAACAUGUACAACGUUGUAUUUGUUCUUGGAGGACCUGGUGCUGGUAAAGGUACACAGUGUGUCAAAAUUGUUGAGAAAUAUGGUUAUGUUCAUUUAUCAGCUGGAGAUCUUCUUCGAGCAGAGCGAGCAAAUUCCGAAUCCAAAUAUGGUCAGUUGAUUGAUAAACACAUUAAAGAAGGCAGCAUUGUACCUGUCGCAAUUACCUGUGCUCUUCUUCGACAGGCAAUGGAGAAGAGUGGUAAGACUAAUUUCCUUAUUGAUGGUUUUCCAAGAAACAAGGAUAAUCUGGAUGGAUGGAAUCAAGAAAUGAAUGAUGUUGCCAAUGUGAAAAUGGUACUCUUUUUUAAUUGCAGUGAAGAAGUAUGUGUUAACCGUUGUCUUGAACGUGGAAAAACCAGUGGCAGAACAGAUGACAAUACUGAAAGUUUGAAGAAAAGAAUUGUAACUUUUAAUAAUUCAACUAAACCUAUAAUUGAACAUUAUCAAGCACUGAAACUUGUCCAAGAAAUUCCUGCCGAAAAAAAUCCAACUGAAGUGUUUGAAGAGGUGCAGCAAGUGUUUGAAAAAAUGGAUUCAUGA